UCUGUUCUUUUUUCUCGUCUUGUAGAUUGAAAUAAUAAUAAUAAUGUGCCUUGUGAACUUGUGAAAAUGUGAUUUGACUGAAUGAUUUCCCGUGUGUUCGAGUUUGGUUUGAGUUUUUUGCUGAUCGGACAAAAGCUGUAGAAGAUGCCGAAACAAUGCUCGUUUGCAAAUUGCAAAAAUUAUGACACUGGUGGCGCAUUGUCAUUCUUCCGUUUUCCCAAGGACCACUCUCUUUGCCAAGUAUGGCUGUCGGCAUGCAAACAGAACACGAAUGUCUCGAAUGGAAGAAUUUGCCAGGUGCAUUUUUCUCCCGAAGAUUUCGAGGCCCCACAAAUCUUCAAAACAACAAGACGUAAAAGAUUGCGCAAGAAUGCCAUUCCUCAUCUUUUCAACGGACCGAAUGAUGCACGCGAAUUAGAAACCCCUGGAAAUGAAGCUUCUUUGGCAUCACUAGACUUGGCUCCUGCUGUUAUACCUGAAGUCUCUCCUUGUCCUUUUGAAAGAGGGCAUUUUCUUGUACCAGACUUCGAAGUCCCUCAACAUGAGCAAAUGAGACAACUAACUUCUGGAAUUUCAACGGUAGAGCGAAUAACGGAAGUAACUUCUGGAAUGUCAUUAGUUGAGCAAGUCGGAACUAACCUCUGGCAUAUCAAGGGCACAAGAAGAAUUGCAUGUGCUCUCGCCCAUCUUGGUGGAUGAUUCAUCUGGAAUACUCUAUCAUGAAGAAUUUUCAUUAUGUACUGUCUCUCAGUCGGUAUGUGAAACUCGAUUAACGAACUUAGGAAGUCACCAAUCUGGAAGCACUAUUCUCGAGAUUGCUUCUAAGAAGCAGAAACAACUUCAAUUAGAAGAAGAAAACGAGAAGCUUCAAAGAGAGGUAGCAUCAUUGAGAAAGGCAAAUCAGAAGCUGAAAAUCCGCAUGGGAAAAGAGGCCAAAAAGAACCAGAACCUCAAAGAAGCGUCAAGUAAAAAGUCAGAGCAAUUAAACAUGCUCAAAAUCAAUGCU